AUGGGGAGGAUGUGGCACGCCGUGGCCGCGCUCAGUAUUGCGAGCAUGGCCACCGUUGUCGCCGCCGCCGACUGGGGGCUCCCGAGAGCCGGAGCCGCGGAAGCGCCGCCGAGGAUGGGCGUGGUGCGUAAUUCGACGCGGAGUGAUGGCAACUCGUACCACCAUGUGUGGCCGCCGAUGGAAUUUGGGUGGCGGAUCGUGCUGGGCUCACUGAUCGGGAUCUUCGGCGCGGCUUCUGGGAGCGUUGGCGGCGUCGGCGGUGGCGGCAUCUUCCUGCCGAUGCUGGCAUUGAUCAUCGGGUUUGAUCCUAAGUCGUCGGCUGCCAUGUCCAAGUGCAUGAUCAUGGGUACAUGUGUCUCAACGGUGUACUACAAUCUCAAGCUGAAGCACCCAAGUUUGGACAUACCGCUGAUCGACUACGACCUCGCCAUGCUCAUCCAGCCUAUGCUCAUGCUUGGGGUCAGCAUCGGUGUCAUUUUAAAUGUUGUUUUCCCGGACUGGCUGGUCACGGCUCUCCUGAUAAUCCUUUUCCUAGUCACGUCAAUGAAGGCCUUCUUAAAGGGCGUUGAAACAUGGAAGAAAGAGACCAUAGAGAAAAGAGAGGUUGCACAAAGGAUGCACCAAAUAUGUCAGGAACCAGAGCGUGCAACAGCAAUCCCUACAGGACCAGGGGACUCCGUCCGUGCAAAAAAUCCGUCAGCUGAGAAGUCAUCACUCCUGAAGAAUGUUUACUGGAAGGAGCUCGGUCUCCUUGCAUUUGUGUGGUUGGCAUUCCUUGCACUUCAGAUUGCAAAUAAGUAUAGUGGUCACUGCUCCACUUUAUUCUGGGUCUUGAAUUCUCUCCAGAUCCCAGUGGCAGUAGGAGUGACCAUGUAUGAAGCGCAUGGUUUGAUGACCGGGAAGAAGGUGUUAUCAUCAAAGGGAAGCCAGCAGAAUGCCCUAAAACCUCGCCAGCUCUUUGUAUACUGUCAAUUAGGUAUUGUUGCAGGACUUGUCGGGGGUCUGCUAGGUGUUGGAGGAGGCUUCAUUAUAGGGCCGUUGUUCCUGGAGCUGGGUGUCCCUCCCCAGGUUUCAAGUGCUACAGCCACAUUUGCAAUGAUGUUCUCGUCUUCCAUGUCGGUCGUUGAGUUCUACAUCUUGCACCGGUUCCCGGUGCCUUAUGCUGCUUAUUUCAUCGCUGUUGCAUUCAUUGCUGCCAUCAUCGGCCAACACUAUGUGAGGAAGUUGAUCAGAUGGUUAGGGCGUGCGUCACUCAUCAUCUUCAUCUUGGCUUCCAUGAUCUUCAUCAGCGCAAUCUCUCUGGGUGGAGUAGGCAUCUCAAAUAUAAUUCACAAGAUUGAAUCUCAUCAGUACAUGGGUUUUGAAAGCAUGUGCAAGUAUGGUGCCUAGCUAGGAGACAAGUCGGGUUAAAAAAAGAGACCUUGACCGUGAAGUCAAUUGCCAAAAAAAAUGGAUUUCCAUCGGAGAGUAGGGCGGUCAAAAGUUUUGAUUAGAUUCAGAGUUAAUUAGCAAAGAUACUCUAGUACUCAGCAACUCCGGAGGAAGCCAAUGCAACUGCAUGGAAGUUGAGCCUGCCUCUUGCACAGUUACAGUAACAUGCA